UACCCUGAAAUACCGUCCGAUAAAGACCGACUAUAUGUUGCCCUCUACGCGCGCGGAGGAGCCCCUACCGUACCAGGGAAGGAAGAUACUUACCACUGGGCGUUGAUUAUUGGCCUGAAGAUCGAGAUACAAGGCAAAAUGGGUGUUCGGUACCACGCGAAGGAGAAACCAAAAGUGGGAGGGGGUAGCGAAUGGAUUUUUGAGGAGCGUGAAUACCCACUCACUGCUACAAACAUGUUGCUUGUUCGAGUUAUAAUUAGUAAGAAAUCGUCUUCCACAAAUCCUACGUACAAUACCCAUAAGUUAAACCCAAGUGGGAUGGAACUGCGUUGCUUGGAUACAGCUUUGGAGACGCUUCAAACGGAUUAUACAGCUUUGUGUACAAGUUUUAUUGACUGGAAAACGGUCCGCAAUGAGUCGGUAAGUUACUGUCAAAGGAAGAAAGACCAGCAUCGCUUCGAUAGGCAAGGGAAUUCCGAUAUAACCAAAGCCUCGACAUAUGACUUAGUCGAGUGCAAGGAGAUCACAAUAUAA